GUCGGAGAGAGACUCUAUCAUGAACUUUGGGUCCCACGGAAUGAGGGUUCCUGUAUACAGGUGUGUGUGUGUUACAGUGAACUAAUGGCAGUAAUCACAGGGUUUCACCCUCACCCAUUUAUGUGUUGUACAUAUGAAAUACUGCUCAUGGCUUACUGGUUUGUAGGGCAGAACCAUUUCAUCAGUUAUGCCAAACUU